UACGGCCCCAGGCAGAACUCGUCCUCCUAGCUGCUCCCGAGCCUGGCGCCACCAAGGCACCAACACCACGCAUUACAUACUCUAUAUUUUAUCUAUCUAUUUUAAGUAGUUGAGGAAAAACUGAAGCCUGUUCAGCUUAGGAUUAAGGAACACUGAACAGAGAUUGCCGGGCGCAACCGACUGUUCUACUAUCCCGCCUGUCUACGGAAGAAGAAGAACAACUCCAAACUUGCAGGAAUUCAUUCAUAAGGUGAACAGCACUGGAAUGGAACUGACAAGAAACUCUGGAUUCUUCCUCCUCCUUGAUGCUGUCGCCGCUACUCCUCCGUGUUUCAUACCAAGGAUGGAUAAUAGCUUUGGCGUCAAUGCUACGCAUUGGUUUCCCUUAUCCUCAAUAAAAUCGGGGUUAAGAGUGAGAGGAGUUCUAUCAUCCGCACCGCGGUCCCGUGCCGUUACACUCAGUGAGUUCGAAUUCAAUAAAAAUGGUAUUUCCGUUCCCUCCAAAUCUCCGUCUCCAACUGAGUCGGAGCAGCGCGACGCCAUAUCUCUGCUCAAUGAGAGGAUUAGGCGGGAGCACAGCAAGAGAGAAGCUCCGACGCAGAGACCUGCCAUGAAGUCGGAAGAGGCCGAUAUGUAUAUUCAGAUGGUGAAGGAGCAGCAGCAGAGGGGUUUGCAGAAACUUAGGGGCGACAGUGACAGGAAAUACAGAGCAUCGCGCGAGAAGGUGGAUCCUUAUACACUCCGUUCCGGCGACUAUGUCGUGCACAAGAAAGUUGGCAUUGGACGAUUUGUUGGUGUCAAAUUUGAUACAAGCAAAGCUUCCGCCGAGCCAAUUGAGUACGUCUUUAUAGAGUACGCCGAUGGAAUGGCCAAGCUACCAGUCAAGCAGGCAUGUCGCAUGCUUUACCGCUACAAUCUUCCAAAUGAAACUAAAAAACCACAGAGUUUAAGCAAAUUGAGUGAUACUAGUGCGUGGGAGAGGCGAAGGAUAAAGGGUAAGAUCGCCGUCCAGAAAAUGGUUGUUGACCUGAUGGAGUUGUACCUGCAUAGACUCAAGCAGAGACGCCCUCCAUACCCAAAGAAUCCUGCUAUGGCUGAAUUUGCCUCUCACUUUCCAUAUCAACCAACUCCAGAUCAAAUACAGGCAUUUAUGGAUGUUGAAAGGGAUUUACUAGAGGGACAUAACCCAAUGGAUCGAUUGAUUUGUGGGGAUGUUGGUUUCGGAAAAACUGAGGUUGCUCUUCGGGCCAUAUUUUGUGUGGUCUCAGCUGGAAAGCAGGCUAUGGUUUUAGCUCCUACAAUUGUUUUGGCUAAACAACAUUAUGAUGUUAUCUCUGAGAGAUUCUCUAGAUAUUGUAAUAUCAAGGUUGGGCUUUUAAGUCGGUUUCAGAUGAAGUCUGAGAAAGAGGUAUAUCUACGAAUGAUUAAAGAUGGAAGUCUGGAUAUUAUAGUAGGGACUCAUUCCCUACUUGGUGACCGUGUUGUAUAUAAUAACCUUGGUCUGCUUGUUGUUGAUGAAGAGCAGAGAUUUGGCGUAAAACAAAAAGAAAAGAUUGCUUCAUUUAAAACUUCAGUCGAUGUGCUCACACUUUCAGCUACACCUAUUCCGCGAACGCUGUAUUUAGCAUUGACUGGGUUCCGUGAUGCCAGUUUAAUAUCAACGCCACCUCCAGAGAGGGUUCCGAUAAGAACUCAUCUUUCAGCAUAUACAAAAGAGAGUGUGAUAUCUGCAAUCAGGCAUGAGUUGAACCGCGGUGGCCAAGUUUUUUAUGUUUUGCCACGUAUCAAGGGGCUUGAAGAGGUUAUGGAAUUUCUGGAACUAUCAUUUCCAGACAUUGAAAUUGCAAUAGCCCACGGACAGCAAUACUCGCGGGAGCUUGAGGAAACCAUGGAAAAAUUUGCGCAAGGCCAUAUUAAGAUAUUAAUAUGCACAAAUAUAGUUGAAAGUGGGCUGGACAUUCAAAAUGCAAACACCAUUAUAAUUCAAGAUGUCCAGCAAUUUGGCCUUGCACAGCUGUAUCAGUUACGUGGAAGAGUGGGACGGGCAGAUAAAGAGGCUCAUGCGUACCUGUUUUAUCCGGAUAAAUCAUUGCUUUCUGAUCAGGCACUAGAGAGGCUUGCUGCUCUAGAAGAAUGCCGAGAACUUGGCCAAGGAUUUCAACUUGCCGAAAGAGACAUGGCCAUCAGAGGCUUUGGUAACAUAUUUGGUGAGCAACAAACAGGGGAUGUUGGCAAUGUGGGAAUUGAUCUUUUCUUUGAAAUGCUCUUUGAAAGCCUUUCCAAGGUGGAUGAACACCGUGUGGUAUCUGUUCCUUACCAAUCAGUGCAGUUCGAAAUGAAUCUGAGCCCUCAUCUCCCUUCUGAAUACAUUAAGUAUCUGGAAAAUCCUUUGGAAACAAUCAGAGAAGCUGAGAAAGCUGCUGAGAAAGACAUAUGGAAUCUAAUGCAGUUUACGGAAAAUCUUCGGCGUCAACAUGGAAAAGAGCCUUACUCCAUGGAAAUUCUGCUAAAGAAACUAUACGUCAGGAGAAUGGCUGCAGACUUGGGAAUAACACAAAUAUAUGCUUCUGGGAAGACUGUCUGCAUGAAAUCAAACAUGACUCGUAAGGUUUUCGAGCUGAUGAUUGAGUCAUUGGUCUCUGAAGUACACCAAACUUCUCUUGUGUUUGAGGGUGGAUAUAUCAAGGCUGAACUACUUUUGGAACUUCCGAGAGAACAGUUGCUCAACUGGAUCUUCCAGUGCUUGGCUGAACUAUACUCUUGUUUGCCAAUAUUGAUAAAGUAUUAGUGUGCAGUCUGAUGGCAUAAUUGCAUCCUGGAGCACUCUGCGUUAUUUAACAUGCCAUUAUUUGGUAGCUGCAUUAAGGUACAAUGCACUUCCCCAUUUGGCUGGUUCAGCCAGCAGCAUUUACAUUACAUUUACUCUUAAGGUUAUUGAUAGUUAAGGACAUACUGACAUUUCUGAAAAGAGUAAUCUAUAAUUUACCCCAAUACUUUAUAUAUAUUUAUUAAUACUUUUCCAUCUUUAUAUUGAUCUUGCGUAAAUUCAAACUACGUGAGAAAGAAGAGUGACCAAGUGUCUCGAAAAAGUGACUAAGAGUAUGAGCACAUGGAAGGAAUACCUACGCUGACUUCACAGAAAAGUGACUGGAGAUAGAGUUUCCAAAUCUAGAAUCCAAAUGCAAAACUCAAUAGGCUCAAAUCCACAAAAUGAUUGGGAACGAAUGAUUCCAAGAGAGAUAGAUAAUAUUCUUUAUUGCAUAAAACCUGGUUCAAUAAGAUAUGUGAGUGCCUACCCUCAAUAGAAAAUGCAAGUGGUUGGGCGUUACACCAAUGGUCAUGCCAAAAGGAACAAUGACUACUACCCAAACCCUCCAAAUUUGUUUGAUAUUUGACAGUGUCUCCAGCCUACAUUGCUGUUUUCAAGUCAGGGUAUUAUGGACUUCGCAAGGAAUGUGGCUAGGGAGGAAACCACAAUAGUAAAAGAUGUUGGUGGUGCAGUGAGAAUAUAUGUUUGGGGAUCUGUAGGGAGUAUGUAAUAUUGAAUGCAACAAAUGGUGUAUAUUAACAGAAUUGUUUCCGAUGGGGAAGAUUGCUGCACCUUUGGUUGUGUCUCUGCCAUCUGGAGAGCGUCUUCUGGAAAAGGAUAAUAUAAUACGGGAAGCUUCUUCAAGAAGGCAGGGUUUGAUGGUCGGAACCUCUUGCCGCACUUGUGGUUGAGAGGCCAUAUGCAGUAGGUCUCUUACCGAGACACAUUUGAGGUACCUUAUCCCCUUUUAUUUGACAAGCUACUUGUUUUUAUCCUUUUGCAGCAGAUUAGAACUUUAAAAUCUAUUUUGCAGUUCUUCUAACUUUUUUGGAUUUCCAGAUAUGGUCCUCAUCCAUUGAUUCUAACAAUUGUUCUUCGAAAUGUUCGACAGCUCCAUCAAAGCACCAAUGUUAUAACUGUAGUGAUGGAUAAUUGUGUUUAUGGUCUGUUUCCUGUACCUCUUGGUGCACAGGUACAAUUCCUUUCUAAAAAUGUCUCUUAGUUACUUGUAAUUAUGAGUUGCAUGGACAUCAACUUGUUUACUA